AUGAUGAACGAAAUAGCAACUCGAUGGUUUAGCUUUGCAUUAAUUUUGAUAAUUGCUACUAUCUUGUUAUUGUCUUAUAAUGGUUAUAAUUGCUGUGGUAAUAUAGCACAUAUGUUGUCUCGCCAGUUUACUACGGAUAAUACGACACAUAUGUUGUCUCAUCAGUUCAAUAACGAUAAUACAAGUAACUCGGGUUCCAGUGGUAUUUCAUUACCUCCAUCAUUCGCCUCGCAUUAUUCAGUCAGUAAAGAAGCUCCUUUAAGUAACGAUGCAUUGAAUUUAUUUUACAGUUCAUUUCAAUGUGUAAAUGGAAAUCCUGGUGAUAUAGGUACUGAAGGUUCUUGGAAAGAGAGACAGUGUAUAUUCCAUAAUGUUUGUGUACAAAGAAGCGGAUCAAGUUCACUGUAUAUUGCUGAUUAUUUUUAUCCAGCAUCAAUUACGUCGUUAAGUUCAACGGUAAUUCGUGCGAACUCUACAUUUCUAGCUCUACGUCAUGGUCAGCCUGAUGGUGGGAGUAAGAUUCAAGUACGCUUAGUUCCUCUGAAUCAUUCGAAUCGAUCUGAUCCAAACAGAAAUCUUCACUAUUUGAAUGAGACUUAUUUAAUGUAUCAGAUCUUGGCGGAUGGAGAUAUGAAUUUUGGUCAUGUCAUCUUUGACGAUGCUUUUGGUUUGUAUGCAAUUCUGAAACAAUUUCGCGCUACCGAAUAUAACUCACCCAACAAAAAUCAUGUGCUAGUAUUUCGACCUUGUGAAGACUUUUCAAAGUAUUUGAGUGAACUAUGUGUUAAAUUUACCAAAGGAAUCUUUCCAGUCGUUACUUCUCACCCGGUUCGCUCAAUCGAUUCAUUAUUUAAUUCGUCAGUAAAUUCCAAUCGCAUUUGUUUUCGAGAAUUAGUUGCUGGACAAGGCGCUGCUGGUGCCAUUGGCUGGGAACCAGAAAAUUUCAAUCGUGGUCAAAUUUUCUCUAAUUUUCGCUCAGAUCUUCUUCUGGCUCAUGGAAUCAAUCCAAAUAUCAUUCCCAAACAGCAUCAUAUCUUACUUGUCAAUAAAAAGGGCAGACGAAAAUUUCACAAUAUACAUGAGAUCUACAACAAAAUAUUAUCAACGCCUCGAUAUGCCGAAAUCAAGGUUACCAUUGUUGAUGACUUUAGAAAUUUAACCAUUACUCAACAAUUACAAUUAUUUCAGACAGUGACAAUUGCUAUAUCACCUUGUGGUGGUAUUUCUAUGUUCUUUUUUUUUCUUCCUCGUCAAUCAGCGUUAAUUAUCACAGGUUAUCCUUAUCUAGCCCGUUUGGAAGCUCCACUAUGGGACUAUAUAACUCAUUUACACAUCAUGCAUUAUCAGAUUCAAUCUAAAGAUGAAUUCAUACUACGACCAGAACAUGCAAGCCUACCAAUACCUCUUCGCAACUAUGCAGAUAUUAUUCUUAAAACUGAAAAACUAUUUCCUCUCAUCGAUAAAGCAAUUAUAGCAAGUGCAAUGAAAAGUAGUUAA